UCGCAUGGCAACCCAAGCAAAGUUGACCUCUCCCUCCUGAACUGGGUACUAGCCUCGUCUUGUUGCGAGACACCGCGGGGCAAAUAGUCAUGAAGUAUCAACUUGACAGUGAAGGUUAAUGGCGGUGCGGUGUGUGUUGCCGCGAGUUUUCAGUAAUUAAAUGGCUGGUAUAAGUGAAAUUUACACUGCAAAAGCCAUGUUAGACAGUCACAUGGUUCAUAUGGGGAAGCAAGUAGACAUGGGUAGUGUGGAGUUCAGCAAUCAAGAAACAGAGUACAAAUUAAGGAGAGUUACAGAAAAGUUUCUGGAGAACAUUCACACAAUGUUAAAUGAACCAUCAGUUGGGCUGUACAGAAUGCAAGAACAUGUCAGAAGAUCACUCCCUCAGCUUGUUGACAAGAAGAUUGAGAUGCAAAGUCUUCACAAGAAAGUUCAAGGAAUAUCAUACGAUGUUGAGUACUCACUGAAGACUGUUCAGUCAAUGCAAAAUAUUUCACAUUUCACCAUUAUACAGGAGUGUCUCAAAAGUGCAAUUGCCUCUAAGAAAAACCUGGACAGAAGAAAGUUAGAAAGGAAAGACCAAAAAAUGUUGGAUGCUGCAGGGGAUUUUGACGAUGAACCAGAGGUUCUGGAAUCUGUGGAGGGGUUCAUCUGCCCAAACUGUAUGCAGACAUGGAGUAACCAAGAAGAGUUAUUACAGCAUUGGCAUUCUGCUCAUGAUCACCUGCCACAGGGGGGCACCAAGGAAUGAUUCAUCAUGUUCAUAAGACGAGGCGACUGUUAAAAGCCUUGGAGAGUGAUCAAAAGAAAAAGGGAGUAACCAAAGCUUUAUCAGACUGCCGUAAAGAAAGACCGUUUGGAUGGCACUAAUCAAUAAUCGUCAUAAAAAUGGAGCAUUCUGAGGGAGCGAGAAACUUCAUAAAUGAACUACCAUGCACACAGAUGCUACACUCAAUGUUGAGCCAUUUUGCUGCCUUGUGUUUCACGACGGAUAUCUCGGAUUCAGUAUAACCAAUGUGAGCACGCCAGAAACACUUUUGAUUGACAUGGUGUACUUGACUGAGUCGACUGUACCUGAAAGAAGGUCCAAGUACCAGUCAGCAAAGUUGCUGGUAGCAGACCUGUUUACAUCAUUGCACCUUGAGUAUUCGAGUUUUUUAAAACUGCAUAACCUGGUUGAAUUCUGAAGUGUUGACCACGUUACUGCUAAGUAAGCUCCUUGUUUGACCAACAUAUCCUGAUUGUAUUGUUCUCACGACCAAUGUGCGAGAUUUUUACGGUUGAUGUUCGUGAUUUUUUUCAAAUGUUUGUUUUUAGGCUUAGCCUGGUCUUCCUGUUUACUAAGAGAGGAUGAAGGGCGAGAUUAUUCGACUUGAUCCCAAGGUUAUCCUUCUCUUCAGAAGCUCUUUUCAGACUCUCCGGUCUUCCCUUCUACCUGGAACGACUAGAGAAUAAAAUUUACCGGAGGCAAAUCUGUUUCCAUCCUUUGUCUAAUGAGCGCUUUCGCGCCGUAACCCUGACUCUAAAACAACUGCACUCUAGAACCGAACUUAUUCGGUAUUGACAAUUUAAACCCGAUCCUUUUGUUAUUAUUGUUGUUACCUGUUAAAUUAAAGGUGAUAUUUUGUAGAA